AUGCUUCGAUCGCCAUUCCCGAUUGCACGCAAGUCAACUCAAGAGGCUCCUUUCCACGUUGACUCCUGUGGCUUGAGCCUGGAUAUCAAUAUCACCGAACCAGCUUUAUUUGUCCCGACAUUUUCAGACAAACCAGCAGUUCUCCGUGGUGAAUGUCGACUGACGGUGAAAGAACCCAUGACAGUGAAACGACUGACCGUCAAUUUGCGCGGAACAAGCCAGGUUAUAUGGCCUCAUGGGUUUCGUGAACGCCAUAGGGUGACGGACCAAACAUUGACACUGUUCGGCCCAAAGAUGACGCAGCCGGUGCUUCCGUGCUACAUCGACACAAUACAGGAGACAGUAUCCCCACCGGCGGCGCUCAAAGGGACCACAUUAUGGAAUAUCAUCUCGACUAGAAAAGACUCGCACGGGUGUGAGGAGAAGAACGCAGGGUCCAAAUAUCAGCAACUGACACCCGGGACCCACAUAUACAACUUCGAGAUGGUCCUGCACUCGCCUCUGCCUGAAUCUAUUCAAGUCCGACAGAGCAAGGUCCGAUACCGGGUCCGAGCCUCCGUCGAAAGACCGGGCUUCUUAAAUCGCUCGUUUUCCCGAAGCAAGCCCAUUGCCGUCGUUCAUUGUCCCGCAGAGGAUUUUGUGGAUGAUGCUGAACCUCUUUACAUUGCUCGAGCUUGGAAGCACCUGCUACAAUCCGAUAUACUGGUCUCGAGGAGGGGUGCGCCCCUUGGCGAUUUAAUUCCUGUCACAGUAUCAUACACCGAGCUGGGCCACGCCAAGUUCCGAGGGCUGCAAAUUUUUGUCUCGGAAGAUGUGCAAUACCACCAGCGGGACGGUCUGGCUUGCAGCAAUGGGCCUUUCAGACGAAGUCUAGUUUACGAGAGAAUGACAGGGCCAGUGUCAAAGAUGGCGCUGAGUCGAGUCGACACCGACGAGCACCCAACAUACAUCGAGAAGGACGAUUAUGUCACCGCCAAGACGGUCGGGGAUGCCGAGGCACGAAGCCGAUCGCUGCACGAUGGCGACACCGAACACACCGAAUUAGACCUCCAACUCCCGCUUCCCGUUUGUCAUCUUCACUCCGAUCCAACCAGGCCGCAGGGUAUGCAUUUUGACACCCGGUACAAAAAUGUUCGGGUCAGUCAUUGGCUUGAGCCCGAUAGUAUGAACCUGAACAAUGAGCGCAUUGUGCAGAAAGUUGCCCACGUCCCACUGGCGCUGCGCUCCUGUUAUGCUCAACAAGCCAAUGCUUCGCUGCCUGCAUACUCCUAA